UCUUAGUAAAUGUAGCAUGUCGGCGCCACUCGCAGGCAAAACCGACUAGCGUUCGGUGGGCGCCGUGCGCAAGUGCAGAGCUUGUUUGUAGCUUAGGCACGUCUUUAAUUUGCUGCUCUUGACAUUAGGGCAAAGACUCAGGUCUUUCCGCAGCGUACCGGCGAGGGGGCGACAAAUCCAGCCCCCCGCAACAACCCGCAAACGGCAGGGCCUUCGCUUUGCUGCUGUGGUGUAUUAACUUAUCUACCAGAGUACAAUUACGGGUUCACGGCUACACCGAGGCAGGAGCGCGAAACCCGGUGCAGCAGAACCCUUGCUCUUUACUCUUAGCACUUGUACCUGCUUGCGGAAUGUUCUCAGCAGCUUAGCAGCAGCAUCGCAAAUAUGAUGCUGUCGGGAGUGGGUCCGGUGCCCACCAAACCGGCUUUCAAGGCCGGUGGCGACACGCUCUCGCGGCACCUGGAGGAGCUGUGCCGUUCUGGCGCAUGGGAGCGGCGCCACAAGGAUGGUGACAAAGCAUUAUUGGAGUACAUCGAGGCGGAGGCUCGGGACCUGUCGGUGGAGGCUUUUGGGCGGCUAAUGACCGACGUGUAUCAGCGCAUCGGCAACAUGCUGCUCAAAGGGAACGACAUCACGCGGCGCAUGGGUGGCGUGCUGGCGAUUGACGAGCUUAUCGAUGUCAAGCUCUCUGGAGACGACGCUGCCAAGACGGCGCGGCUGUCGGGGCUGCUGUCGCGGGUGCUGGAGGAGAGCGAGGACCCGGUGCUCAGCGAGUCGGCCUCGCACACGCUGGGACACCUGGUGCGCAGCGGCGGCGCCAUGACGUCGGACAUCGUGGAGAAGGAGAUCCGCCGCUCGCUUGCCUGGUGCGACCCCCGCAAUGAGCCCAAUGAGUCGCGGCGGCUGACUGCGCUGCUGGUGCUGACGGAGGCGGCGGAGUCCGCGCCCGCCGUGUUCAACGUGCACGUCAAGUCGUUCAUUGACGCGGUGUGGUUCCCGCUGCGCGACGCCAAGCAGCAUAUCCGCGAGGCGGCGGUGCGGGCGCUCAAGGCUUGCCUGUGCCUGGUGGAGAAGCGCGAGACGCGCUACCGCGUGCAGUGGUACUACAAGCUGCACGAGCAGACCAUGCGCGGCAUGAAGCGCGACCACCGCACCGGCGCGCUUCCCUCGCCCGAGUCCAUCCACGGCUCGCUGCUGGCGCUGGCGGAGCUGCUACAGCACACCGGCGAAUUCAUGCUGGCGCGCUACAAGGAGGUUGUGGAGAACGUGUUCCGCUACAAGGACAGCAAGGAGAAAAACAUCCGCCGGGCGGUCAUCCACCUGCUGCCGCGCAUGGCGGCCUUCUCGCCGGAGCGCUUUGCGUCGGAGUACCUGGCUCGCGCCAUUGCCUUCCUGCUGAUCGUGCUGAAGAACCCGCCCGAGCGCGGCGCGGCGUUCGCGGCGCUGGCGGACAUGGCGGCGGCCCUGGCGCGGGUCAACUGCGCGGCGGACACUCUCACGUCCAAACAAUCCACAGGCUUCGAGGGCUGCCUGUCGCCCAUCUACGUCGCCAUCCGGGAGGCGCUGUCGGCGCCGCCCGCCGCGCGCGCCGCCGCCCGGCCGCGGCCCGCCACCUGCUACGAGGCCCUGCAGUGCGUGGGCAUGCUGGCGGUGGCGCUGGGCCCGCUGUGGCGGCCCUACGCGGCGGCGCUGGUGGAGGCCAUGGUGCUCACAGGCGUGAGCGAGGUGCUGGUGCAGGCGCUGACGCAGGUCGCCAACGCGCUGCCGGAGCUUCUGGAGGACAUCCAGUACCAGCUGCUGGACCUGCUGAGCCUGGUGCUCAGCAAGAGGCCCUUCAACAGCAGCACCACGCAGCCCAAGUUCGCGGCCCUGAGUGCGGCCAUCGCGGCGGGCGAGCUGCAGGGCAAUGCACUCACCAAGCUGGCGCUGCAGACACUGGGCACGUUUGACCUGGGCGGCAUCCAGCUUCUGGAGUUCAUGCGCGACCACAUCCUGGCCUACACCGACGACCCCGACAAGGAGAUCCGCCAGGCCGCGGUGCUGGCCGCAUGCCGCGUGCUGGAGCGGCACGCAGCAGCCUCCGCGUCCGCAGCCUCCGCAGCGGCGGCGGCGGCGGGCGGGCCGCCGGGCGGCGCGCGCGCGGUGGCGGCGGCGGCGAACCAGGGCGCCGCCGCGGCUGUGUGGCACACGCGCGUGGUGGAGCGCUGUGUGGGCCGGCUGCUGGUGGUGGCGGUGGCGGACCCCAGUGAGCGCGUGCGCAAGGAGGUGCUGCGGGCGCUGGUGGCCACCACGGCCCUGGACGACUACCUGGCGCAGGCCGACUGCCUGCGCGCGCUGUUCGUGGGCAUGAACGACGAGAGCGUGGCGGUGCGCGGGCUGGCCAUCCGGCUGGUGGGGCGGCUGGCGGAGCGCAACCCGGCGCACGUGAACCCGGCGCUGCGCAAGCACCUGCUGCAGCUGCUGCACGACAUGGAGUUCAGCCCCGACAACAGGGCCAGGGAGGAGUCGGCCUUCCUGCUGGAGGUGCUCAUCACCGCCGCCGCCCGCCUCAUCAUGCCCUACGUCUCGCCCAUCCAGAAGGCGCUGGUGUCCAAGCUGCGCGGCGGCUCGGGCCCGGGCAUACUGCCCACGGGCCUGGGCGGCGCACUGCCGCUGGGGCCGGCCGGCAGCAGCAACACGGCCGCGCUAGGCUCGGUGCCUAGUGCCGCCGGCAGUGUGUUGGGCGGCUCCACACUCCUGCUGGGCGGCGGCGGCGGCAAGGAGCUGGGCGGCGGCGGCGGCGGGCUGUCGGGCAUCAGCGGCGGCGUGGGCGGCGGCGGCGGCAAGGCCAAAGCGGCGGCGCUACAGCGAGACCUGGUCAACGAGAACAACGUCAUCAAGACUGUGUUGUCCACGCUGGGCGCGCUGGCUGAGGUGAGCGGCACCACGUUCCGCCCCUUCAUCAGCGAGGUCAUGCCGCUGGUCAUCGAGGCCAUUCAGGACAACUCGGACGGGCGGCGGCGUGUGGUGGCCGUCAAGACUCUGGGCUUCAUCGUGAGCAGCUGCGGCAAUGUGAUGGGCCCCUACCUGGAGUACCCACAGCUGCUGUCGGUGCUGCUGCGCAUGCUGCACGAGGGACACCCCGCGCAACGCCGGGAGGUCAUCAAGGUGCUGGGCAUCAUCGGUGCGCUGGACCCGCACACACACAAGCUCAACCAGGCCAGCCUGAGCGGGGAGGGCAAGCUGGAGAAGGAGGGGGUGCGGCCGCUGCGGCACGGCGGCGGCGGCGCGGGCGGCGCCGGCGGCGGCGCAGGCGGGGGAGGCGUCGGCGGCGGCGUGGCGGGCGACAGCAAUGACGGCGGCAUGGGCCCCGGCGACGACGGCGGCCCCGGCGGCGACCUGCUGCCCUCCUCGGGCCUGGUGACCAGCAGCGAGGACUAUUACCCCACCGUGGCCAUCAACGCGCUGAUGCGGGUGCUGCGCGACCCCGCCCUGGCCUCCCAGCACCUGGCCGUCAUCCGGGCGCUGGCAGCCAUAUUCCGCGCGCUGCAGCUCAGCGUAGUGCCCUACCUGCCCAAGGUCCUGCCCAUCCUGCUGGGCGUGCUGCGCGGCGGCGACGAGGCGCUGCGUGAGGAGAUCCUGGCCUCGCUGCGCGCGCUGGUGGGCUACGUGCGGCAGCACAUGCGCCGCUUCCUGCCCGACCUCACGCAGCUGGUGCACGAGUUCUGGCCCGCCGCGCCGCGCACCUGCCUGGCGCUCAUAGCGGACCUGGGCAUGGCGCUGAGGGACGACAUACGGCAGUACGUGCCCGAGCUGCUGCCCAAGUUCGUGGCGGUGUUCAGCGAGGCCGAGCGCGCCGGCAGCUGGGACCUGGUGCGGCCCGCCCUGGGCGCCCUGGAGAGCCUGGGCAGCGCCGUGGACGACUCGCUGCACCUGCUGCUGCCCUCCAUGGUGCGGCUGAUCAGCCCCGCCGCCAGCUCCACGCCAGCCGAGGUGCGGCGCGCGGCGCUGCGCUCGCUGCGGCGGCUCAUCCCGCGCAUGCAGCUGGGCGGCUACGCCUCGGCGGUGCUGCACCCGCUCAUCAAGGUCCUGGACGGCCACAGCGACGAGCAGCUGCGGCGUGAUGCGCUAGACACCAUCUGCGCCGUGGCCGUGUGCCUGGGGCCCGAGUUCGCCAUCUUCGUGCCCACCAUCCGCAAGGCCUGCCAGCGGCACCGCCUGCACCACGAGUGGUUCGACCGGCUGGCCGGCAAGGUGUGCGCCGUGUCGCCGCCCUGCAUGUCAGACGCGGAGGACUGGGAGGGCGCCGGAGGCGCCGCCUCCGGCGCCGGCUCCGCCGGCGCAGCCGGCGGCUGGGCCGUGGAGAUCGACCUGCUCGCCCGCAUGCAGGCGGAGGGCGGCGGCGCCCUGGGCGGCCAGCCGCCGGUGCCGCCGGGUCCCGACGGCGGCCCCUCCGCCAAGCUGCCGGUGAACGCGGCGGUGCUGCGGCGCGCCUGGGAGAGCAGCCACCGCGUGACCAAGGAGGACUGGGCGGAGUGGAUGCGCAACUUCGCGGUGGAGCUGCUCAAGGAGAGCCCCUCGCCCGCGCUGCGCGCCUGCCACGGCCUGGCGCAGGUGCACCCCAGCAUGGCGCGCGAGCUGUUCGCGGCGGGCUUCGUGAGCUGCUGGGCGGAGCUGGAGCAGGGGCUGCAGGAGCAGCUCGUGCGCAGCCUGGAGGCUGCGCUGGCCUCCCCCACCAUCCCCCCCGAGACGGUGACUGCGCUGCUGAACCUGGCCGAGUUCAUGGAGCACGACGACAAGCGCCUGCCUCUGGACACACGCACGCUGGGGGCGCUGGCGGAGAAGUGCCACGCCUUCGCCAAGGCGCUGCACUACAAGGAGCUGGAGUUCCAGACCAGCCCGCAGUCCGCCAUCGAGGCGCUCAUCCACAUCAACAACCAGCUGCGGCAGCCGGAGGCGGCGGUGGGCGUGCUGGCGUACGCCCAGAAGCACCUGCACAUGGAGCUCAAGGAGGGCUGGUAUGAGAAGCUGUGCCGCUGGGACGAGGCACUGGACGCCUACGAGCGGAGGCUGCUCAAGGAGGCGCCGGGCAGCAUGGAGUACCACACAGCGCUGCUGGGCAAGAUGCGCUGCCUGGCCUCGCUGGCCGAGUGGGAGAACCUGUCCAACCUGUGCCGCACCGAGUGGCGCAAGUCGGAGCCGCACGUGCGCCGUGAGAUGGCGCUCAUCGCGGCGCACGCGGCCUGGCACAUGGGCGCCUGGGACGAGAUGGCCAUGUACGUGGACACGGUGGACAACCCCGAGGCCGUGGGGCCCAACAGCCACACCCCCACCGGCGCCUUCCUGCGCGCGGUGCUGUGCGUGCGCGCCAACCAGUUCGAGGCGGCUCGCACGCACGUGGAGCGCACCCGCGAGCUGAUGGUGACGGACCUGGCGGCGCUGGUGGGCGAGAGCUACGAGCGCGCCUACACGGACAUGGUGCGCGUGCAGCAGCUGGCGGAGCUGGAGGAGGUGUGCGCCUACAAGCAGGCGCUGGACAGGAGGGCAGCCGACCCGGGCGGCAGCGAGGCUCGCAUCGGCUUCAUCCAGCAGCUGUGGCGCGACCGGCUCCGCGGCGUGCAGCGGCACGUGGAGGUGUGGCAGAGCCUGUUCUCCAUCCGCAGCCUGGUGGUGCCCAUGGCGCAGGACGUGGACAACUGGCUCAAGUUCGCCAGCCUGUGCCGCAAGAGCGGCCGCAGCAGGCAGGCCUACCGCAUGCUGCUGCAGCUGCUGCGCUACAACCCUAUGAACAUCACUCAGGCCGGCAACCCCGGCUACGGCGCCGGCAGCGGCGCGCCGCACGUGAUGCUGGCCUUCCUGAAGCACCUGUGGACGCAGGGCAACCGCACAGAGGCCUACAACCGCAUCAAGGACCUGGUACGGGAGCUCCAGGCGAACGCGGUGCCCCCCGCCGCCGCCGCGGCAGCCGCCACCGCCGCCGCGGCCGCAGCCGCCGCCGCAGCCGCCAACGGCGGCCCUGCGGCCGCCGCGCCGGGCGCGCGCGGUAGCGUGCCGCCCGCUCCUGGUAGCGCCGCCGCGGCUGCUGCCGCCGGGUCGUCUGCCGGCGGGCCUCGCUGGCUGGACCGGCCGCAGGCGUCGCUCAACGGCCGGGCCUUCCUGCGGCUGGGCAUCUGGCAGUGGGCCAUGAACGAUAAGCUGGACAACCCGGGUGUGAUUGCGGAGAACCUGGCUUCCUUCCGCGCGGCCACCGAGCACGCGCCCAAUUGGGCCAAGGCCUGGCACCAGUGGGCGCUGUUCAAUGUGGCGGUUUCAGCGCACUACAGCAUGCGGGACGAGAACCAGGCCGUGUCGCACGUGCCGCCGGCGGUGCAGGGCUUCUUCCGCAGCGUGGCGCUGGGGCAGGCGGCGGGCGACCGCACAGGCAACCUGCAGGACAUCCUGCGGCUGCUGACGCUGUGGUUCAACUUCGGCGCGUACGCCGAGGUCCGCGCCGCGCUGACGGAGGGCUUCCAGCUGGUGUCCAUCGACACCUGGCUGCUGGUCAUCCCGCAGAUCAUCGCGCGCAUCCACACCCACAACACAGACGUGCGCCAGCUCAUCCACCACCUGCUGGUCAAGAUCGGGCGCCACCACCCGCAGGCUCUGAUGUACCCGCUGCUGGUGGCCACCAAGUCCCAGAGCCCGGCCCGGCGCCAGGCGGCCUACAGCGUGCUGGAGUGCAUCCGGCAGCACAGCGCGGCGCUGGUGGAGCAGGCGCAGCUGGUCAGCGGCGAGCUCAUCCGCAUGGCCAUCCUGUGGCACGAGAUGUGGCACGAGGGCCUGGAGGAGGCCAGCCGCCUGUACUUCGGCGAGAGCAAUGUGGAGGGCAUGCUGAACACGCUGCUGCCGCUGCACGAGAUGCUGGAGAAGGCGGGGCCCACCACACUCAAGGAAAUCGCCUUCGUGCAGAGCUACGGCCGGGAGCUGUCGGAGGCGUACGAGUGGCUGAUGAAGUACAAGGCCAGCCGCAAGGAGGCGGAGCUGCACCAGGCCUGGGACCUGUACUACCACGUCUUCAAGCGCAUCAACAAGCAGCUGCACUCCCUAACCACGCUGGAGCUGCAGUACGUCAGCCCCGCGCUGGUGCGGGCGCAGGGCCUGGAGCUGGCAGUGCCCGGCACCUACAUUGCCGGGGAGCCGCUGGUGACCAUCGCCGCCUUCGCGCCGCAGCUGCACGUCAUCAGCUCCAAGCAGCGCCCGCGCAAGCUCACCAUACACGGCGGCGACGGCGCGGAGUACAUGUUCCUGCUCAAGGGCCACGAGGACCUGCGCCAGGACGAGCGCGUGAUGCAGCUGUUUGGCCUGGUGAACACCAUGUUGGCGCACGACCGCAUCACCGCCGAGCGCGACCUGUCCAUCGCGCGCUACGCCGUCAUCCCGCUGUCGCCCAACAGCGGCCUCAUCGGCUGGGUGCCCAACUGCGACACGCUGCACGCGCUCAUCCGGGAGUACAGGGAGGCCCGCAAGAUCCCGCUCAACUGGGAGCACCGUCUGAUGCUGGGCAUGGCGCCCGACUACGACCACCUGACGGUCAUACAGAAGGUGGAGGUGUUCGAGUACGCGCUGGACUCCACCAGCGGCGAGGACCUGCACAAGGUGCUGUGGCUCAAGAGCCGCAACAGCGAGGUUUGGCUGGACCGGCGCACCAACUACACCCGCUCCGCCGCCGUCAUGUCCAUGGUGGGCUACAUCCUGGGCCUGGGCGACCGCCACCCCUCCAACCUCAUGCUGGACCGCUACAGCGGCAAGCUGCUGCACAUCGACUUUGGCGACUGCUUCGAGGCGUCCAUGAACCGGGAGAAGUUCCCGGAGAAGGUGCCGUUCCGGCUCACGCGCAUGAUGAUCAAGGCCAUGGAGGUGUCGGGCAUCGAGGGCAACUUCCGCACCACGUGCGAGAACGUGAUGCGCGUGCUGCGCUCCAACAAGGAGAGCGUGACCGCCAUGCUGGAGGCCUUCGUGCACGACCCCCUCAUCAACUGGCGCCUGCUCAACACCACCGAGGCAGCCACGGAGGCGGCGCUGGCGCGCACGGACGGCGGCGGCGGCGGCGGUGGCCACAUGGACGGCCCCGGGGGGCACCCGGGGGGCCGGGACGCGCUGGGCGGCGGCGGCGGCGGGGCGGGCGGCGGCGGCGGCGGCGACCCGGGGGCCAUGCCCAGCCCGCCGCGGCGCGAGACGCGGGAGAAGGAGCUCAAGGAGGCGUUUGUGAACCUGGGCGAUGCCAACGAGGUGUUGAACACGCGCGCGGUGGAGGUGAUGAAGCGCAUGAGCGACAAGCUCAUGGGCCGCGACUACGCCCCCGAGCUAUGUGUGGGCGGCGGCAGCGGCGCCAGCGGCAUGGAGCCGGACAGCGUGCCGGCGCAGGUGGGGCGCCUCAUCAACAUGGCGGUCAACCACGAGAACCUGUGCCAGAGCUACAUCGGCUGGUGCCCCUUCUGGUAGUAGGCGGGAGAGUGGGCGCGCUCGGGAGGCCUGGGGUGAGGCUGGGGUGGUGGGGGUGGGGGUGGAGGUGGAGGGCAGGGGGCGGCAGCAGGCCGUGUGUGGGGGGAGGGAGGAGAGGUAGGAGCCAGGCAGGGCUGCUGCUGGUGAUGGAUGGAUGGAUGGGAAGGAGUGUGGGUAAGGGGGGGAUGCACGCGGUGUGUGCAGAGUAAAGCAGUGUAGGGAUGUGGGGGUGGGGGUGGGGGGUUCGGGAGGAAGCACGCACAGCCGGGUGCGUGCAAGGAUGCAGCGAGCACAUGUGCAUAGGCCGCGGCUAGCCUGAGUCUGCAGGGAGAAUGAUAGGCGGUAGCGGGGGGGGGGGCGGUGCAGCGGCGUAGGCGGCGUCUCAGGCAGGUGGACAGACCUGGGCAGCUUUGGGCGGACCUCUGUGUUCAGUUCAGUAGGGUUCAGUUAGCUAGUGGCCCGCACUGACAGCAGCAUGAUGGUAUUGUUUGGGGAGAGUGGUGGUUGCCGUCGUGGCAGGCGCGUGGUGCAGGGUUGGGCAUUGAUCGGGCCUUCGUUGACCGGGCUGUCAACAUGCGCGGUCUGUGAGUACCGUAUCGCACCGUAACGCACAGGUACUUGCCCAUUGCGCCGCGCCAAACCUCGGACCUGGGCUGUGGCCUGUGGGCUUUUAUCAAUAACCCGGCCCAUGCUGUGCCUUUGAUGGAGACGGCGGCCGUGAGUCGUAAUAUUGACGUGCUUGAAAAAACGCAACCAGGUGGGGCGCUUAAGUGUGCAACUGGCCGCCGCUGCCGGUCUGACCAGUUUGAUCCUGACACCCCAUGUACGCUUGGGUGUAUGUCCGGCUUCACGAUGCAGAUCGCAUUGAAAAUGUCCGCAGCUUACGUAUCGCGGUGUGGGAUCCCAUCGAGAAUGUUCUGGUGCAGUGGCACUAUGUGGGAACCCCCAUGCCGGCUCUCAUCCCGGACCUAGCUGCAAUGCACUCGCCCUUGGCCAGGGCAGCCCUGAUGUGAGCUGUUUAUCUCACCUGUC